UGCCCCUAUUUUCUCAAACCCUAAAACCCCUUCCCAAAACACACUCAGAGGCAGAGGCGAAGAACAAACAAGAUGGCGAAAUCAAUGAGAUCGAAGAGAAUCAAGAGAUUAAGAGCUAUCAGAAGAGAGAUUGUAGCUCCUUUAAACGAGGGCAAAGAAGCUGCUAAGCUCGCCGCCCAAGAAGCCGCUCUCGCCGCCCCUAAACUCCCCGUCCGAGUGUCUAAAUCCGCCGCCGCCGCCGCGGCAGCCAUGGAGCUUAUUACCAACACUUCUACUGAAAAUGCUGACAUGGAUGUGGAGAUGGCUGAAGGUACCUCGAAAUCCUUAAAACCAGUUGGCGGUGUAGGGAAAAAGAUGAAAAAGAAAGUCAAGAUUGGUAAAAGGUCAGGUGGCAAGGGCAAAAUCAGGAAGAAGCGCAAUGUUUAAACACUUUGAUAGGUGUCUAUUGAUAUUCCUCCAUUGGGAGCUAUAAUGUCUUACAGCAACUCAGGAGUUUUAGUUUUUGGGAGCUAUCAUGUCCUCCCGCAACUCGGGAGUGUUAGUUUUGGCACUAUGUUUUUGUGUGUAGUAAUCCCUGACCUUCAAAGAAAAACUCUGUGUUAUUGUUAAAUGAAUUUAUAGUGAAGGCUUACAUUUCGUAUC